CUUUAAGCUGACCAGCUAAAAACUUAAAAAAGCUGAAAACAGCUUAUAAGCAACUUAUAAGCCAAUCCAAACGAGCUCUUAGGCUUUAGCACACUUCUUGAGAAAAAUACUACUAACUCAUAGAAAAAAAUAGGCAUUUUGACUAAAUGACCCUUAAUUAAAAUUUGCAUAUUACUAUUAACUUGGCACGUUAGUAUUUGGUUAUCAAAAAUGAUGGAAUCCAACUCCUCAAAUCCUUUUAAAAUCCCCAAACAACUCCUCUAGUAUUCAUUACAGCAAUUUCACAGAGACCCAAAUCGCAAAAAAGGUUAAAAGACUUAAAGAAAAGUGCCACAACUAGAAGCAAAUCCUUAAUUAAAACCCCACAUGAUGGUAAGAUUUAUGAAAUUUGGGAGAAAAAAUUGGGGUCGAAAUGCUGCUAAGGGAAAGGAACAAGUUGUAGAAUUGCAUGAAAAUCAAGAAAAGGAAUUGCAUGAAAACCAUGAAGUUUCUGAAGAAGAGAGGGCAAUUGAAAUUGAAAAUGUGAAUUUGGAUGAUUUUCCGUUUUUGGUGAAUGAAAUGACGACGAAUUUUCAGAGAAAUGACUAUUUUAAAGAAGGGUUAAGAAGAUUGGGGAAGGAGAAAUUGAAGGGGAUGAAUGAGAAGUGGAUGGAGUUGAAAUUGGAAGAAUCUGAGCUUAUGGUGAACAAGGUUCAGUUGUAUCAUGAACAUUUGAAAUUAGUUGUUGAAGGUUCAAAGGGUUCUAGUAGCAAUGAGUAGAAUGAAAAUAGAAAGGUUGAAUUUCCAAAUCUGGGAAUUUGGUAGUCCUUUUUCAGUUUAACAAAAGAAGAAUAGGAUUUGAAUUUCUUUUGGUGUAGGUCUGUUGUAGAAUUGUUGAUGGUAAAUGGCAACAUUGCAGCUUACAAGAAGUGUUGUUGUAACAUAGUGCAAUUUCACCAAAUGUUGUUCUAAUGGAGAACUUUCUUUUCUUUA